AUGAAAUUCUCGAUGGUAUUACUUUUCGUGGCUGUUGUUAUGGUACAACAAUGUUUGAGUGCUCACUGCCAUCACGAAGGUGAAAAACCUCAACAAGAUGGUGCUGUUGAUCACACUGGCCACGACCACGGACCUCACGGAAGCCACGAAGACUCACAUGCAGGCCAUAACCACGAAGGCAGUGACCAUUCAGGCCAUAACCACGACGAAACCGAUCACUCAGGCCAUGACCAUACAACAGGUGAUCACACUGGUCAUGACCACGGAACACAUAAACACCCAACAGCCUAA